AAUAGCAAAACUACUUAACCAACCCUUAAUAUUUGUAACGAUAAUUAAUUCUUGAUAAUUGAUUUUAUUAUUUUUUCUUUUAUCACAAAGUUCAAACUACUCCUUUUUUUUCCUAAAAACUCAAUCCUUUUAUUGACAAAAUGUCUCUCGCUAAAGCAAGAAAAGGGUUAAAAACUGCCAAAAAAGGUGGAAUAUUAACUGAUCAACAAAAAUCUGUCAACGAAUUCUUAAGAGUCCCUAAAAGUAACAAAACUAGCAGUAGAUUCAGUCCAUUUAACCGUGACCAAAUUAGAGAAGCCUACAAUUACUGUGCAAAAUUUAUGAAAAUCGCUAACGAAAAUCCUGAUAAUCCCAUCGAGAAAGUUCUUGAGUAUGCAAAUGAAGCAACUGAAACUACUGAUCCUGAAUUAAUUCGUUAUGCUUUAAUGUCUUUUAUUACCCAUCAUCCGUCUGCUCGUAAUCGAAAUUUGCGUAUUCCUCCCUUAAUUCAACGUUCUCCUGAAUCAUGCGUUCCCCAAAAGAAACCAGGUCCCGUAGUAUCUGAUGAAAAAGUUGGGGAAUCUGAAGGCGACAUUGAAUAUGGCAUGAAUUGGUAUAGAGAAGAUCCUAAUCUCAGUGAACAUCACGAACAUUGGCAUAUCGUUUAUAGUGGUCAAGGUAUUCCUGAUUAUAAAAAUCCUGAUAUCCGUGUUAAUAAAGAUCGACAUGGUGAACUGUUCGUUUACAUGCAUAGACAAAUGCUGGCAAGAUAUGAUAUCGAACGUCUAGGAAUGAAUUUACCUUUGAUCAAACCUUUGGAUAAUUAUCGUGCCCCAAUUGAGGAAGGAUAUAAACCUAACACAAAUUUGCGUGAUCGAAAUGAUGAAAGUGUAGGUAAAAUUGAUACAUUUGGAUCUCGUGAACCUAAUUCAGCACUUAAGUUAAAUAAAAUCAAUGAAUUGGAAAAAAAACGUAAAGUGCUCGAAAAAGCUAUCGAAAUGGGUAAAUUGACGGAUGAUAUUGAGAUCACUGUUGAUCUAUUGGGCGCUUUUGUUGAACCUUCCAAUAUUCCAGGAAUACAGGAAAUGGUUGAUAAACAAGGUGGUUUACAUGGCGACGGUCACGGUGCUAUAGGAGACAUAAAUGACGAUGACGAUCCUGGUGUGAUGACUCAAACACGCGUUGCUGUACGUGAUCCGGCAUUUUGGAGAUGGCAUCGUCAUAUAGAUAAUCUGAUCAAUACAUGGGAAGAAAAACAAGAACCGAAUGACUUUUCCAAUUCACCACCUGUAGGGCUUCAAGAUAUCAUUCUUGUAUUUAAAGAUAAAUUACCUAUAAACCAUGGAGAAACUCAAGAUGAUGAAGCAGCUGCAUUUGGUGAAAAAACAUUUGGUGGAGAAAAUUUUGAUACGGAUGUAUCAGAUAAUAAGUAUGUUACACAUGAAUUACAAACGAAAAUGAAGUCCAGAAUAUUUGUGUAUACUGAAGAUUCACAAUCACCCGAGAAGAUAGAUUAUUUAUACCCAAGGGAAUUUUAUUAUUAUUUCCGUGUUGAAAAUACUUCAUCAUGUCAAUUUGAAGCUACAUUCCGCGUCUUUAUAGUACCAGAGGAAUUAGUUGAAUCAAGAUGUCAUUGGAUUGAAUUAGAUAAAUUCAAAGAAAGUUUACCUCCCAAUUCUAAAACGGUAGUAUGUCGUGAUUGUGAUAUGUCAUCAAUCGUACGUCAACCUCCGCAGAAAACCGAAGAUGAAUUAGAUGAUACAGCUCUUCCGACUGGUACUGGUACUACAGUAAAUAAGCAUAAAAGCUAUUGUGAUUGUGGUUGGCCUUUCCAUUUAUUAUUACCCAGAGGAAGGAGAGGAGGAAUGAAAUUUAAAUUGUUAGUAUUUAUUUCCGAUUGGUCUGAAGAUGAAGUACCAAGAAUAAGUAGAUGUGGAAGUAUUAGUUUCUGCGCUUCUGAAGCGUCUGAAAAAUAUCCCGAUAAGAAACCUAUGGGUUAUCCAUUUGAUAGACCGUUCAAAAAUAAUUAUGUUGUUAUUAGAGAUAUUUGCAUUAAUUGGGUUGAUGAAUUUCCUGAAGUCGUCGUUGAAGGUUGCUAACCAACCGUUUUGUAAAUAUAACUUAAUAAUGAACAUAAAUUUAGGAAAUUUGUUAAAUAUUUAUUUUCAUCGUCUAAAAAAGUAAAGUGAAUUUUCGUACAAAGACAAAAUUAUUAAAAAAUUUUACAACUUUACUAAAUAUUUAAUAAAAACGUUUAUUUACAAGAAAAAA